UAACCAUUGCCCGUUUGUCGAGUCUGCCCCCCUCCCGGCCACCUCCCGCAAAGUUGCUGUCGUCGUCGGGGUUUUAAAGCGCCCCAGGAUGGGGCUUGAUCCUGCAGCGCCUCGCCAGUCUCCCGGGUACUGGCGAGCCUUGCCGCUGCUGGCGUGCGCUUUCCCCUUGGUGACAUUCGCUUCCUUCCUGGACGAGACCUUAGAGAGAACCCCCAAAUCCGAAGGCUACUGCAGCCGGAUCCUGCGAGCCCAAGGCACGAGGCGAGAGGGAUAUAAUGAAUUUAGCCUCCGCGUGGAAGGAGAUCCGGAUUUCUACAAGCCCGCAAACAGUUACAGAGUAACACUUUCCGCUGCCACUCCAGCUUAUUUUCGUGGAUUCACACUGAUUGCUUUGAAAGAGGGCAAAGAGGGAGAGAAAGAAGAAGACCACGCGGGGACUUUUCAGAUUAUAGAUGAAGAAGAGACACAGUUCAUGAGUAAUUGUCCUGUGGCUGUUACUGAGAGUACACCGAGGAGAAGGACCCGCAUUCAGGUCUUUUGGACGGCGCCUCCUUUGGGCACAGGCUGUGUGAUUUUGAAGGCAAGCAUCGUACAAAAACGAAUUAUUUAUUUUCAAGAUGAGGGAUCGCUUACCAAGAGGCUGUGUGAACAAGAUUCAGCCAUGAAUGGUGUCACCGAUAAACCAAUCUUAGACUGUUGUGCCUGUGGAACUGCUAAAUAUAGGCUUACCUUUUAUGGUAACUGGUCGGAGAAGUCGCAUCCAAAAGAUUACCCACGGCGAGCUAACCACUGGUCUGCAAUCAUUGGUGGGUCUCAUUCAAAGAACUACGUACUUUGGGAAUAUGGAGGAUAUGCAAGUGAAGGAGUUAAGCAAGUUGCAGAACUUGGCUCACCAGUAAAAAUGGAAGAAGAAAUUCGGCAGCAGAGUGAUGAGGUUUUGACUGUCAUCAAAGCAAAAGCACAAUGGCCUGCCUGGCAACCGCUAAACAUAAGAGCUGCUCCCUCUGCUGAAUUUUCUGUGGACAGAACACGUCAUCUGAUGUCUUUCCUUACCAUGCUAGGCCCCAGUCCUGACUGGAAUGUAGGGCUUUCAGCUGAAGAUCUCUGCACCAAAGACUGUGGAUGGGUCCAGAGAGUAAUUCAAGAUCUGAUACCAUGGGAUGCUGGCACUGACAGUGGUGUUACCUAUGAGUCACCCAACAAACCAACAGUACCUCAAGAGAAGAUAAGGCCUCUCACCAGCCUCGACCACCCCCAGAGUCCCUUUUAUGACCCAGAAGGAGGAUCCAUUAAGUCAGUAGCCAGAGUUGUCAUUGAGAGGAUUGCACGGAAGGGAGAGCAGUGCAAUAUUGUCCCCGAUAACGUUGAUGACAUUGUUGCAGAUCUUGCCGCAGAAGCUCCGGAAGAUGAAGACGACACUCCAGAAACCUGCAUCUAUUCCAACUGGUCCCCAUGGUCAGCCUGUAGCUCUUCCACGUGUGAAAAGGGCAAGCGGAUGAGGCAGAGGAUGCUCAAAGCUCAACUUGACCUCAGUGUGCCUUGCCCAGAAACUCAAGACUUUCAGCCAUGCAUGGGCCCAGGCUGCAGUGAUGAAGAUGGCUCCACAUGUAUGAUGUCCGAGUGGAUAACGUGGUCCCCGUGCAGCGUCUCCUGUGGCAUUGGAAUGCGGUCGAGAGAAAGAUAUGUGAAGCAGUUCCCCGACGAUGGCUCUAUAUGCAAAGUACCCACAGAAGAGACAGAGAAGUGCAUUGUGAAUGAGGAGUGCUCUCCUAGUACCUGCCUGGUGACGGAAUGGGGGGAGUGGGACGAAUGCAGUGCCAGCUGUGGAAUGGGAAUGAAGAAACGGCACCGGAUGAUCAAGAUGACCCCAGCAGACGGAUCCAUGUGCAAGGCAGAAACCACAGAAGCCGAGAAAUGCAUGAUGCCCGAAUGCCAUACCAUUCCCUGUAUGCUGUCUCCUUGGUCUGAAUGGAGUGACUGCAGCGUAACAUGUGGGAAGGGGAUGAGGACCCGACAGAGAAUGCUGAAAUCUGCAGCAGAGCUUGGAGACUGCAAUGAGGAGCUGGAGCAAGUGGAAAAGUGCAUGCUGCCCGAGUGCCCCAUUGACUGUGAGUUAACAGAGUGGUCUCAGUGGUCAGAAUGCAACAAAUCUUGUGGGAAAGGUCAUAUGAUCAGGACAAGGAUGAUCAAAAUGGAACCCCAGUUUGGAGGAGCUUCAUGCCCGGAAACUGUACAGCGUAAAAAAUGCCGGAUAAGGAAAUGCUUGAGAAAUCCCAAUAUUGAGAAACGGCGGUGGAAAGAGCCUCGUGAAAAAAGGAGAAGUGAGCAGGCAAAAGAAGAUGUAGAUGGUGAGCAAUUUCCAGGUUGUAAGAUGAAACCAUGGACUGCUUGGUCAGAAUGUACCAAACUCUGUGGGGGUGGAAUCCAGGAGAGGUUCAUGACAGUCAAGAAGAGAUUCAAAAGCACUCAGUUUACUAGUUGCAAAGACAAGAAGGAAUUAAGAGCCUGCAAUGUUCAUCCCUGUUAGCAAAACCUGAGUCUUUCAAAUAAUGCACUCUGAGCUAAAUGUAAAAUCAACCUUGAUUUGAUUUUUUUUAAAAGAAGAUAUAAAUUGUGUAUAUUAGUUUUCA